AUGCCAUCGUCUUAAUUUCUAAGUAGUAUGCUCAUUUUAAGCACUUAAAAGACACUCAAGUAUACGUGUAAUGUGGUUUCCUCAUAAAACCGCCAACUUUUUGUUGAGGUUAUGUCGUAAACCAGUCCUUAGCUGACGCCCCCGUUGCACCCACACAUGUGUGAUUAACGACUGUUUAAGGGGUUGCAACCCUGUUGAAACAUCUUCGUCUCUUUUAUACAACUUUAGGAAAAAUUAGCCUGAUUAUAAUGUGAUACCGUCUCCACGUCUAACCACCAAAUCUUAUUAAAAAAUCCAAAAUGUGAGGUUAUAUUUGUAAGUGAUGGGGGCUGCAUUGUUCUGAGAUGGUUGUGUCCAAGGGCGGUAACGGAAGAUGGCUCAGAAAGUACAAAACGUUUUUUCUCAUCGGUUUAAUAAUCCUGCUCUUCCAAGUGCUCCUGGCUGCGCAUUUUCUCGAGUUAAAGGCAAACUCAUCAGACGAUUGGCAGCCACAAAGCCACAAAGCGGUGACACAAGGACUAGAAAAUCACCGAAAAAAAUUACAAGUCGCAAACACCACAGCUUUGCGCUUGGAAGAGCUAAACUUCAGACCUGAAUGUGAAAUCACUGGAAAGGAAGCAGUUUCGGCAAUACAUCGUGCCAAGAGCCAGAAUUGUAAACAACUGAUCGCAAAUGUGACUUGUAAGUCUUUGGCGGGGACUUUGUACCCCAAACGACUGACCGGAAGUUGUCCCAAUGGCGGGAAAAUCGCCGGAAAGGCCUUGGGUUGCUUCAAGGAUGAAAAUAAUUACAGACUGCUCAGUGGCUACUUUGGGGUCAAUAAAAAGAGCAAUUCGCCGGAGUAUUGCAUACAGUUGUGUCUCCAAUCCGGGUUUGAGUACGCCGGGGUCCAAUAUUCACAUGAGUGUUUUUGUGGCAAUGAUGAGCCCCUUUCAACGUUCAAACUACCCGAUUCGUCGUGUAAUAUGAAGUGUCCCGGGGACCCCCAUGCUACCUGUGGAGGCUAUUACACCAUUAACGUGUUUCAGACGGGAAUAAAAAAGUUCGUCCCUCAAGUUGCCAACACUGAGUCGCCCCCAAGCCACGAAAACGUCAAAAUCGUAUUCCUGCUCACCCUCAACGGCCGAGCCCUCCGCCAAGUGAAAAGACUGCUCAAAAUCCUCUAUCACACUCGCCACUUCUACUACAUCCACGUUGACGUGCGAGAAGACUACCUUUUCCGCGAACUCCUCCCCCUGGAGCGCCGCUUCCCCAACAUCCGCCUCACUCGCCGGCGCUUCGCCACCAUCUGGGGCGGCGCCUCCCUCCUGGAGAUGCUCCUGAGCUGCAUGUCCGAGCUCCUGGACACGCCCUGGACCUGGGACUUCGUCCUCAACCUCAGCGAGUCCGACUACCCCGUCAAGCAAAUCUCCGCGCUGGAGCGCUUCCUGGGGGCGAACCGCGACCGCAACUUCGUCAAGUCCCACGGCAGGGACACCCAGCGCUUCUUGCAGAAGCAAGGCCUGGACAAGACCUUCGUCGAAUGCGACCGGCGCAUGUGGCGCGUGGCGGACCGCCGUCUCCCGGAAGGCAUCCAAAUGGACGGUGGGAGCGACUGGAUCGCCCUCUCGCGGGAGUUUGUGAGUUACGUGGCGAAAAGCGGUGAUGAUCUAGUCGGCGGGCUUAGGCAGGUUUUUAGACAUACGUUAUUGCCGGCCGAGUCGUUUUUUCAUACAGUUUUGCGUAAUUCGCGUUUUUGCGACAGUUAUGUCGAUAAUAAUCUUCACGUGACCAAUUGGAAGCGGAAGCUGGGUUGUAAAUGUCAGUAUAAGCACGUUGUUGAUUGGUGCGGGUGUAGUCCGAACGAUUUCAGGCCCGAUGAUUGGGCCAGGAUCCAAAGUACGCAACCGCGUCAGUUAUUUUUCGCGCGCAAGUUUGAACCAAUCAUCAAUCAGGCCGUUCUGUUGAAACUCGAACUGUGGCUGUUCGGAUUGGAUAAACCGUCAAGGUCAGUCACGAACUUGCAUUCCUAUUGGCAGAGCGUCUACCACCAUUUGGACCUAUCACCGGCCAUUGAUGACGGUUUAAGAACUGUUACUUCGUCAGUUGGCCGUGUGUGGUCCAAAACCGUAACUAACGCCACCUGUAGUGUUACAAUUUUACGUGCAACAUCAUUCCACACCAAAGACUUGUACAAAUAUACUUUGGUCCACUUUACAACAAGUGAUUCGGCCGAUAUUGAAGUUGCUUUCCGACCGAUCAACAUGACAUAUCUCGUAGCGCCCUCUACACUCACCAAACGUAUCGAAGAACUAGCCGUCAGCAGUGACUACGACCAGAAAGAACAAAUUUCGCGGAACUUCCCCCGAAUAUUAUCACCCUACUCCGAACCAGUCCUAGUUUACAAAUUCGCCGCGAGUGGCGCCAGUGUCACCCACAACAUCACGUGUCUUUGGCUCGACCCCAUUGGCCAGCUCGUCGAAAUCAGCGACAUAUCAAUCGAGGAAAGCGCUCUGAUUGGCCACUCCAAGCCCAAUCUGAAACACCCCCACCGGCCCGGCUCAUGGACCGUUAAACUAAUCUACCACCAAACUCUUCUAGCUGAAGUUAAAUUCCUAAUAACCCCGCUUGAAUUUUACUCGGGGGUUCCUCUGGGUGUGAAACAAGCCCGCUUGAUUCAUGGCGGUUCUGUUUCAAGGCCACUUACCGAUAACUACGAUAGGUUUAUCGAAAAUAGUGACGAGGGUAUUUUGAAAGGUGUGAGUGUGUCUAAUUCCAACAAAACAGGAAAGGAAUUGCAGGAUUGGAUCGAUUCGCUGUUUAGUAAGUUUUACGUGAUUGAGAAAAGUUGUGCGGUUGGUAGGACUGAGGUUUGUGGGGUGCAAGUCGAGGAGUGCAGGAGAACGAGUUGGAGUUCUUUUGCGCCCGAUCCGAAGAGUUUUAUUGGGAGUGUUAAUGAGACGAGUGGCGCGUUUGAUAUCUGGUAAUUGUGAUACACAUUCGGUUUGAUUGUUAGCGCAAUAAUUAACAUGAAAUGGGGAAAAUAAAAUAAAAACAGGGUGAUGCAAUUUUAGUUCACUGUCUGGUAUCUGUUUCAGAAAUUGAGUGUUGGCGAGUUCAGUCAAGAAAAAUUUUUGCGUCACAUGUCGAUAUCUCGUGUUUUUUUUAAUUAACUGAUGAUAAUAUAACGUUCUUAGGAAAAAAUUCAAAUCCGAGCUGUUUGUUCGGUCUGUUUUGGCGAAAACGCAUAAGAAACUAAGAUCUUAGUUCAAAAGUGUGCUUAUAUGCCCAAAGAAUGUAAAAAUAACAUCCUUCUUUUCGUUCUCAUGUUUAUUUUUGACGAAAAUUUUUUUUUGAAACCGUUAAUAUUACAUGAAUUUUAUUUUUUUUUUAGAUUUUAAGAAUUUUUUUACAUGAUAGAUCUAAUAGUUUUUUAAAAUUAACUAAAGAUGUUAAUGAGAACGAUGUUGCCAGCUCACAGUAGUUAAAUUCUCCAAAGCCAACUUGAAAAAUUCCGAGAUAUGCACUUAUUUUCGCCAGAUUACAAUAUUUGAUAUAAAUUUUUGGGAGAGUGUAAAAAAUUUAGGGCUGGUUUACGCAACAUUUAAAUCGCAUUUCAAUUUAAGUUCGCCUUUAACUUGACGUUCGUCAAUGCAAAAUAAACUGCAAUUUAAUGCGAACUAGUUUAAUUCAGAAUUAAAUUUUAAUUGCGCUUUCUGUAAACCGUCUCUAUGUCUCAUUUGCAUUUUUUAGAGCGAAAUAGAGGGUUUCUGUAUAAAAAUAGAAUUCUGUGUUUAACUAAAUCCCAUCUACUUUAGAGCCAAGGAAAUCCAUCAAUUUAAGGAGAAAAAAUACUUUGAAAAAAGACCGAGUUUUUAGCUCAUAACUGCUCAAAAUGUGUUUAAAUGGUUAAAAAAGACAAUUUUGAACAUAACCGUGAUUUUUCGGAUUUAAUUUAUCGAAAUUGUGUCAUAUAUACACCAUAAAAUAUCUACUAUGGUGAUUUUUUUCAAUAGAUAUCUGUUUAAGAUUGCAAGGUCCGCCAUUUUCGUUAACAAAAUUCAAGAAAGUACAAUAAAAAAAGCAAAAAAAAUAAAAAUCUAGCAUUGGAAAGCUACAUCUCGUGGAAAAAGGCUCAAACAAUUCUUUGUUACAGGAACUUUUAACUCAGAUUAAUAUCAGCUAUCAAUACCGAAGAGAUGGUCCGCGACUUUUGAAUCAGCCUGUAUAAAGUAAUUUUUGACCAUAUCUUCUGGUUUUCGGAUUAUUUUUGAUGAAAUUUCACUCAAAAAAAAAAAGAGUGAAAUAAGCAAAAUCUAUUUAUCUUAAUUUGUAAGUGUAUCUUGAGAAAAAUAUCCUGCCAAAUAAAUAAGUUCUUGGUUUAAAAACAAACCAAAUCGAGCAAAACAAGUUCAAAUAACGUCAAGUUCGAUCCAAUUUUGUGAUUUUACAGCAAGUUUUUGCAUUUUUUUUUGAAAAACUGAAAUAAUUACCUGAAAAAUUGCUUAAGCCCAGUUUGUGGAAACAUAUUUAACGGAAAGAUAAAUUUAAACCUCAGUUAAAAUAUAACAACGCCAAUCAGGUGAGAGAUAAAAAUUAACUCAACUUUAAUCGUUCUAGAAAUCAGGCCUCAAAUAUGCAAAAAUUAUUUUUAACGAAAUUCAGCAAGUUGAUGACGCUUGUGAUUUUAACCAUUUUAUGCAACUUUUUUUGUUUAGCUGUGACUCAGAAUUUUGAAACAGAUAUUGAGAUUUAUUGCCAUAAGGACCACUUAUUUAGGUUCUCUUAGUUUAGUAAGUAAGUCAUUAUAUUGUGAUACGAUUACGUAGCAAUUGCCUUUCAUAACUGCACAAAAUAGGCUUUAAAGGCAAGUCUCUUCUUUAUUUCUGUCUUUGUACUUUAUAGUCGUCUUUAUAAUUUUAUUAUUUUACGUGGCCAUAUAAGACAACUUUUGUAAUUAAAUAAAACGUAUACACCGCCGUAAUCACCUUCUAAACAAAAGGAAAAUUCGGGACUGAUUAGAUUCUUGUUGUCAGAAUGUUAAAAAAAUUACGGUUGUAUUGUAAAUAUAAAAAUAAAUUUUAUUUUAUAAAAAAA